CUAAUAUGUAAAAAAUGAAAUUUUAAUUAGUGGUAGGCUGCCUAGCAGGACACAAACAGAUUAGAGGAACCUGAACUUAGCCAGUGUUACUGUAUGCAGCAAGAGUCAUUUUAAAAUCAUAAACCCAUUGGUAGUUCACAAAUCUGUUACCAUCUGUCUCUUCAUGGUUAUAUAGUGCAGGGAGCCUGUUGUGGGUCUAAAUAAAUAAAGAUUCUUUAUGAAACUUUCAUGUGGAUGGGUCUUUCGGGAACCAUAAACGGUUCCUCUGUAGUACCGCUCUGAAAGACUGAUCGGGCCCCUUUAUCUUUAAGAGUGUAGGGGUGUGUUACAUGUAUAAAAAAGCUGAAAACAUCUGAAUAUCUAUAUAAGAAAUUGAUAGAAAAAGAAUGAGAAUUAAGUGGAGAACAGAAACUGUGAUUUGUUAGUGACAUCAUCUGACAGAAAUGACUUAUGUCUCUCACUAGGUAUGUUUACCACAGCUCCCAAUGGAUGGUGGCGGGGAACACUGAUCAUUCAUGUAUAACACCCAGAUUAUACAUCCACCCUGACUCGCCCUGCUCUGGGGAGACAUGGAUGAGGCAGGUUAUCAGUUUUGAUCGAGUCAAACUCACCAACAAUGAGAUGGACGACAAAGGUCAUAUAAUUCUCCAGUCCAUGCAUAAGUACAAGCCGCGGGUGCAUGUGAUAGUGCACAGCUCAAAACUGGAUUUGGCACAAAUUCAUUCACUUCCAGAUGAAGGUGUAAAGACGUUUAUCUUCAAAGAAACCGAAUUCACUACAGUCACGGCUUACCAAAACCAGCAGAUUACAAAGCUUAAAAUUGACAGAAAUCCUUUUGCUAAAGGAUUCAGAGAUCCUGGAAGAAACAGGGGUGUUUUAGAUGGGAUUUUGGAAACCUAUCCUUGGAGAAGCCCUCUUAGUCUUGACUUGAAGCACUUUGGCUUGGAGGCCCAAGGUAGGGGGACGUCAUCACCCCUGAGCUGUGGGACCCCAUCUACUAUAAGUGGCCUGCCUUCAUCACCCUGUUCAUUUGGCUUGCCUUGUUCAAACACAGCCUUGCACAGCCUCACCAUACCUCUUUCCUACAAGUUGUACUCUCCAAGCCUGGGUAGAAGUCACCCGUUCAGUCCAGCUGACCAUGAAAGACUGCAGGAGAGUGGCUCUGUGGGGGUACAAGUGCUUGCUGACUUUCCUUUUCUGGAAUCCUUCAGUAUUCCUCAGUUGAGAGAUAAAAAGAAGGGAGUGGACUGUAAGGGCCCGUGCAUUCAGGAGCUGCCAGGUCCGACACAGCAUCUUUAUUUACACUGGAUGCAUGAGGCUGGCAGUGCUGGCCUUCCGGCAUCCCAGCUCCGACAGGAUUCUUGUUCUCUUCUGCCCCAUUACAGUUUGUGCAACUAUGAUCUAUCAAUGGCAUCGAGACUGUCUAAUAUGACGCGGCAUUUCAAGCUUGCUGAAGCCAUGCCACUGACACCUAGAGAGGGACAACUGUGUCAUAAACUUUGGAAUUCGCCCACUUAUCAUUUACUUUGAAUGCAAAUACUCUUUUGAACUGAUGCUUCCUCUGCUUCAUU